ACCAGGCCCCGGCACGACCGCCGCACGCGCCGCCCGGGGUCGCGCUCGAGCUCCAGCUCGCGGUCGCGCGAUGGGAAAUCCGGGCUCGGCACCGCGAUAGGCGCAGGGCUGGCGGGCGCCGCGCUGGGCGCCGCAGUCGGCCGCAAGCACACACGCAGCCGCUCGCGGUCGGCGCACACACGGGUCCGGCGCCGCAGCAGCUCCGACGAGCGGCGGCGUGAAGUGCGGCGCAAGGCCUCGCGGAGCUCCGCCUCGGGCGCCUCGUUCAUCGACAUCUCGCAGGACCAAGCGCCCGCGGGCGGGUUCCUGGGCGGUUUUUUCGCAGCGCCGCCGCCCAAGCCGCGGCGCGAGGGCGCGCAGCUGAAGAAGAAGAAAAAGGGCUUCUUCACGUUCAGCAACGGCUCGUCGUCGUCGUCGGACGAGAUGGCGUUUGGCUCGGGCUUCGUGCGGCGGACCAAGUCGCGGCGCGACGUCAGGAGCGAUGUCAGGAGCGAGGUCCGCACCAGCCAGCGCGAGACACGCGAGGCCCGCGAGACAAAACACCUCAAGACGCAGACGUCGGACGAGAAGCUGCGCGCCACGCUGGCAGGGCUGGGCGCCACGGCGGCCGCCAUCGCCGUCGCAAAGGCGCAGCGGCGCAAGGGCUCCGAGGCCGAAGUCGUCGCCGUGCGGCAGCGGCAGCGGCGCAGCGGGCGCGCGGGAGCGCCCUCACUUGGCGACGAUGAGUGGGAGGACCUGCCCGACGACGGGACAUCCUCGUCAAGUGACGCAGGUCUUGUGUACGGCGACCUGCGCAAGACGCAGAGCCGCGAGUCGAUCAACUCCGCGGGCGAGGGCACGAGCAAGUGGGGCUGGCGCUGGGGGUUCGGCAAGAAGAAGAGACGGUCGAGCGACAACCUGUACGACAACAUUGCGAGCACGCCGCUGGUCGCACCCACAACGGCGGCGGCGCUGGGGGCCGCGGCGGGCGUGGCGGCCAGCGAGGCCAGCAGCCACCACACGCUGCAGAGCGUGUACCCCGUGGCGUCCAGCGACCCGACGAGCUUCGACGCGCGCCGCACCAGCGUGGCAUCGACCCCCCAGGCGCUCGUCACCACGGGGCCCGGCGCCAUCAGCCUGCACCAGCCGCAGCCCAUGCACCAGGUGCCGGGCUCCAUCUACUCGACCCAACCACCGCCGCAGCAGUACACCGCGCCCGCCGGGCCGCCCGUGUUCGCGCAGGCCCCUUAUCCAACGCCGCCGUAUCAAACGCAAGCCCAGGCCCAGAACAUCACCAUCCACAACCACGUCCACUCGCACCCACACCCGCCGCCACCCGCACUCCCUCGCCGCGCCAACUCCUCGCCCAUCCACAAGUCCUCGUGGAAAAAAGACGUCGCCAUCGCUGGGCUCGCGGCAACCGCGGGCGCCGCCGCGAUCGCGGCCGCAAGGGGCAGCGACACGUCGCGGCCGUCCAGCGCGCAGAGUAAUGUGCGGUUUAGCCUGACCAAGGAGCAGGCGGCGCGGGACGAGCGGGAGCAGCGGCGAGAGCAGGCGCGGCGGGAGGAGGAAGAUGCGCGGCGGCGAGAGGAGGACGAGCGGCGGCGCGAAAAGGACGAGGAGCAGCGGCAGCGCGAAGCCGACGAGCGCCGCGCCCGCGAAACCGCC